CCGGACCGGAACAAGGGAUGAGGCAGAGGCAUGCUGGCUUCAUCAGCCAUCGUGAAGAAAUCGGAGACAGUUGUCUGACUUACCCCGCUUCUGGCUUUGUCUGGUGCCUGGGGUGAAGAGGAGUGGGUAUGGAUGGGUAUAUAAGGAGGGCUGGGGAUGGGUAGGUUGGGUGGGAAGAAAGCAGUCCGAGCAUUGCAGAGGUCGUUGGUGAUCAGUUCCUUGGUUUCUCCGAUUGUAUAUAUACGGCAGGAUGCAUUCUAGCUGGUUCAGUGUGGUGGCAGCGCUCGCUGCGCUGAGUGCUGCAAAGCCGAUUGAUAUUCGAGAUGUCUCGACUUCCGUGUUGGAUGAGUUGGAUCUGUUCGCGCAAUGGUCUGCCGCAGCCUAUUGCUCGGCCAACAUCGAUAACGAUGAUACCACGGUGAAAUGCUCUGACGAUGCUUGCCCAUCUGUUGAAGCAGCCAGUACCAAGAUGCUGUUUGAAUUCGAUCUAUCGAACGAUUACGGCGACACGGCCGGCUUCUUUGCCGUAGACAGCACCAACGAGCGACUGGUAGUAUCCUUCCGUGGAAGUAGCACGAUCGAGAACUGGAUCGCGAACCUCGACUUCAUUCUCGAGGAAGCGGACGACCUUUGCAGCGGAUGCUAUGUCCACAGCGGCUGGUGGAAGGCAUGGGAGCAAGUUGCGGACGAUCUGACGAGCGAGAUCGAUUCCGCGCUGAGCACAUACUCGGGCUACUCCCUCUUCUUUACCGGACAUAGUCUGGGCGGUGCGCUGGCUACUAUUGGGGCCACGGUGCUGCGCAAUGCCGGGCAUACCGUCCAGUUGUAUACCUAUGGAUGUCCCCGGGUCGGAAACUAUGAGUUGGCCGAGUACAUCACCAGCCAGGGGUCUGGGGCGAACUACCGCGUCACUCACACCAAUGACAUUGUUCCCAGAGUGCCACCAAUGCUGUUUGGAUACAGUCAGCCCAGUCCGGAAUACUGGAUCACCAGCGGGGAUGGGGACACGGUUGCGUCGUCGGACAUUGAAAUCAUCGAGGGAAUCAACUCGACCAAGGGAAAUGCGGGAGAGGCGAUUGAGAGCGUUCUGGCUCAUCUGUGGUACUUUUUCAGCAUUUCCGAAUGCCUCUUAUAGGCGUGUAUAUACCACUCCCUGUUGGUAGUGUAUAUCUGAAUUCAAUGCUUCCCAAUGGCGCAGCCUGCAUUAUGAUACCACAUCAAAGCCGCCAAGGUAUCAGAAUCGGUGUUCUACUCCUGCGCUUUGGUUGCCUUUCGCACUGCUCCGUCAACCUGGGCGAAGGAUGUGGUGAGCCAAAGCUGU